UAAAAAUGCAUUGAAUAAUCAUUCUGUUUUUAUUAGUACGUCAUGCAGAAUGAAAUGCUGAGCUAUAAAUUGUGUACUUUCAUACCGCCCAAUCGUUUGGAGUUUGGAUGCCGAAGGAAAAGAUUGUAUUGCUAGUACAUAGAACUCUCUAAAGUGCGGAAGGAAUCAGGAUGGCAUUCAAGGCUCUGGUAGUUCUUGCUUUUCUUGCAUUCACUUAUGGCCAACUGUAUUGGGAGUCAUCGCCAGAUGUAACAGAAAGAUUAAAGAUUCCACCUGUCCCAAUGCCCGGCUUCAAUCUUUUACCUUGGCUCGGCCAAUGGUUUUACCAGUAUCUUAAAGUUCCAUGUAGCUGGGCUAUAGCUGCAGAAUUCACAGACUUUACCCAUUUUACAGAAGUAGAAGGACAGAAUGUAAUAAACCACGACGCCAUGAGAAACCGUGGCGUGUGCAAUACAGUUACAUCAAUAUUUUCCAUCACAGGCCCAGGAGAGUUUAUUGGCAAAGAUGUUGUUGGCAAUAAUUGGAGUGGUAGACUAAUUGUGGUUGCGACAGACUAUAAAAGUUUUUCUGUUACUUGGGGAUGCACAAAAAUGUCGGAAUUCGAUAACAGAUGUGAAGAUUCUUAUGUGUUUAUCAAAACAAGACAACUCAGAACAUCAGCAAGAGUUCUGAGACGCAUAGAUAUGGUUCUCCGUGACCUAUGGGGUAUCUCGGCUAGACGGCUGACGAAAAUGCCACAUGGAAGGCCUUGCUCUUCUGGAAGGAAAAAGAUGGGCUGAGUACACCUGCAUGUGAAGCGUAACAGUAAUAAAUACAAUGCCAGUCGAAUAAAAUUGUCAGAAAAUGCAAAAAUAAAAUAUUAACAACUGG